AUGGUGCUGCAACAGCAGACCUUUAUGCAGACAAUGACUGCUUCGUUUCAGCAGCAACAGCAGUCGUUUCAGCAGCAGUCACAGACGUUUAUGCAGACCAUGGAAGCAUCUGUGCAGCAGCAACUGCAACUGGUGAAGCAGCAAGUUGCGAGUUCAGCGCCUGUACCACCUGUGGCACCAGGAUCUCCAGUUUUGGAAUCCUAUCGGAUAAGUACUCCGAGCCCGGGUAGGUCUCCACCACCCCCACCUCCAAGAGAUCCUCAGGAUGCGGAGAGAGAUGUCUUUGCUAAAUCAGACAAAUGGUUGCCAAGUUUACCUAUCAUUGACUUUUCGUCAUGGAAGGAUAGGAUCUCUGAAGCUUUAGGCUUCCUCACCUGGAUGGAGAAGUUGACCAGUUGGGUUGGUUUGGGUUCUGAAGUGUUCCCAAAUGAGCUCAUGCAUGCUGUUCGGACAAAGGAUGAAGGUGUCCUUGGUCAAGAUAGGCUGACUGUUGAGCAGCAGAAGAGAUCGAUUCGGUUGUUGCACAUCUUGCGGCAAACCUUUGCAGGCCAUGAUAAGAGUUCUCUGAUUUUGCAGAACUAUGUGGAAGGAGCGGCUUCGUAUCAGCAAUCGGGAUUUGUGGCUUUGAGAUUGUUAGCGAAGGAGUUUUGCUUGAAAUCUCGGUUUGAGUGUCUCUAUUUCAGAGCACAGUUGGCCAAUCAGACGGUGAGAGCGCCAACUAUCCCUGAGAUUGUGAGAAAGAUUGAGUCUGAGCAACAUAAGUAUUCGAAACUGUUGAACAGUUUGGAUUCGGACGUGCAUUCGCAAGGACUCGAGCUGCAAGAAGCAGAUUUGGUUAUGGUGUUGCUUAGAAGUUUGCCCGAGAGGUGUCGAAGCUACUGCUUGCUUCAUGGUGACAGUGAUUCGUUUGAGGAUCUCAAGCGGGUUGCUUUGAAGUAUGAGGUGCAACAGCGCGUUUGGUCUGAAGGGCCUGGUACAAAGUUGAGUCCGUUCAAAGGUGAUGAGAAAGGAAAAGGUGGUGACGAGAAGGGAACUCCUAAAGGAAGAGGAGGUAAGAAAGGAAAAAGGGAUCGAAGCAAGAGUGCUUCCAGGGGUGGCGCUAAGGGAAACAAGGAUGUGGAGUGUUGGAACUGUGGAAAGAAGGGGCAUUUGUCCCGAGACUGCUGGGCUCCAGCAAAGAAGAAUCAAGGCAAAGAUGCGCCGAAUACGAAGGGUGAUGGAAAGCCCUCGCCGAAAGGUAAGGCAAAGGCCAAGGGUGGAAAAGAUAAGGGCAAAGGAAAAGGCAGAAGCGUUGCUGAAGUGGCGCCUGGUGAAGGUGAGGAUGUUGAUCUCAUUGGAAAUCAGGAAUGGACUGAGCCAGAGUCCGAGGCUCUUGUGAGCUCGGUGAUGCAGAUCGUUGAAGAGGCUCGACGGGAUUGGAUUCCGCCGGCCCAGGAUGAGUUUGUUGUGACUCGAGAAACAGAUUUCAAAGUUCGGAUGGCCGAAUUGGAACAUAGGAUUGCAAGUGAUCUCAGUGAGAUGCUGGGAAAGGAUAUGCCAGGGUCGGUGAAGUUACUGAAAGGAUCUCAGAUGAACGGAGCUAGUAGCCUGAACAACGACCAGAUGGCAAAUUGGUGGCUCAUUGAUUCUGGUGCUUCAAUGACAGUGAUUGCCAAGAAGUUUCUCGAUUCCUUCAAUGUGGUGUCAAGGAUGCCUUUGUGUCCGAGUGAGAGGUACUCAGCUGCAAAUGAUACGCCUGUGACGGUGUUUGAAAGGGUGAGAGUGAGAGUGAAGAUGCCUCUGUAUGAAGGGGAUUCGUAUAUCGGGAUGGUCCCGGUGAUGGUGACUGGAGUUGUAGCUGAGGUUGGUCACAACAUAUUGAGCACGGAGCACAUGGUGGCUACCGGCUGGGAAGUGAAGUUUUCGAAAGCGGAGAUUUCGCUUCGCCGGGUGAAAGGAGGAUUGGUUGGAUAUGGACAGUCCUGGGCUGGAUGUCCAUGGAUUUAUCUGCAAGGUGCAGAAACGUCAUCCAAGAAGGUGACCUUUGGAAGGACUCAUGUGAAGAUGGAGGUAGACCAAGAGGGUUCUUCAAGUCCCAUGGAAGUUGGGAACGUGUCAGCUAUGACUGUGAAGAUGAAAGAGGAUCUCGAGGUUCAUCGGAUGCGAGGACAUAUCCCUUUCAUGCCUGGGUGUCCCCAUUGUCAAAAGACAAGAGGUGUGACGCAAUAUAGGAGAGGCAAGGAAGUGGGUAAUCGCCCUGCGGAGCUGCAAGCGGAUUUUUGUUUCAUCAACUUGGUUACUGGUACCUUUGUUAAGGACCAGCCCAAUGCACCCAACAUGAAGAUUUUGGUGAUGACGGAGAUGUCUAUCAGAAUGGUUGGUUGUGCCCUUGUCGGGACAAGUGCGGAUCACACAUCGACCUGGAGUAGGUACUGGAUGAAUGCUUUUGGGUUGACGACUGCUGGAUCUGCGGUGUUACUUCGGGACAUGAAUCCGUUGGCGGAGUUGAAAGAGCAGUUCGGCUUGAUCUACUGUGCUGCAAUGCACAAUCAUCAUUCGGCUGCGUUUGAUGGAAAGAAGUCUCCUCAGGAAGAAUAUGAUGAGCUGGCACAGUGGCUGAACCAGCCAUCCACACUUCGCAACGUUCAAAUUGUGUUCUUACAGGAGACCUGGCGCAGUGCUUCGGAGUUUUCCACACAGCAUUGGCAUUGGAUCCUGUCAGGUGUAGGUCAGACUGCCAAGGCCAACAAUGGCAGUGGUGUAGCCGUAUUGGUCAACAACCAGCUUGCCUCCUCAUCUCAUAUUCGCUAUCAGGAAUGGGUCCCAGGCCGUCUUCUGGAGGUUCGCAUCACGGAGGACAAGCGCCGACCUCUCUUACAUCGGCCCAUUACUCUGGUGUGCGCCUACCAACACUCCAGAAUCUCCCAUAGUCCUGAGGUCUAUGCAAAACGAUUACGGUUCUGGGAGAAGCUCCAGAAAUGUCUUGAUGCGGUGCCAGCUAGGCACACUCUGAUCUUUGGUGGAGAUAUCAGUACUGGUAUCUCCCCGAUGCCAAGGCUCGUCGGAAUGAGUGCUCAAGUCAGUACCAACCCUGCACAGGAUCAGCAUGAGUGGCAGGAUAUCGUACAGCAACAACGCCUCUGUCUUCUGAACACGUGGGGACCCCCGGGUAAAGCAGCCACAUAUGUGGGAACGGACUACUCUACAUUAAUUGACUACCUGGAUGUCAGGGAGCGUGACGCUGGACAUCGCCUCAACCCGCCCGUAUGGAUCAUCUUGGCAUGGCUCAUGUACUAUUGCAAGAUCCUCAGCAAGCUGACAAACUGCGGAGUGUUGUCAGGAGCCAUCUGA